AUGUUAGACGAACUUAAAAAACAACAUGAAAUUAGUUAUUCAGAAACAAAAUAUGAAACAACUCUAACAGACAUAAAGCCUGAAUUCUCAGUCCGAAUAGUUGUUUGUGAUUAUUAUCUAACAAGACCCAUACCAGGGAUAGACGUAAUAUACUCAGAAUUUCGAGGUUCAGAUAUUAAGCAGGUACCAAUUUUAAGAGUAUUUGGGCCAACAUCUGAAGGAUUGAAGGCAUGUCUACAUAUACAUGGAGUAUUUCCUUAUUUUUAUAUACCAUGUCCUACAUCAAAUCCAGAACCACAGUUCUUAUAUCAAGUAGCCGCCAGCCUGGAUAAAGCAUUAAAUAUUGCAUUAAAACAAGCAACAUCAACUAAUCAACAUGUGUACAAAAUAACACUUGUUAAGGGGUUACCAUUUUAUGGAUUUCAUGAUAAAGAACAUCUUUUUUUGAAGGUGUUCUUGUAUAACCCAGGUCUUAUUAAAAAAGCAGUGGAACUAUGUAGUAAUGGUGCCAUUUUGGGCCAAGCAUUACAACCUCAUGAAGCCCAUCUUAAUUUUACACUACAAUUUUUUAUUGAUUUCAAUCUUUUUGGAAUGAGUACUAUUGAUUUGCAAAGUGUCAAAUUUCGUAAAUCUGGUUUCUCACAGAAUAGUGAUGAACCAACCGGAUUUUAUGAAUUAGGCCUGAAGCCAGAAAGUAGUUGUUAUUAUGAAGCAGACUGUGCUGCAUCACAUAUUAUAAAUCGCCAACGCAUUGGUAAAGGAGAUGGUAUUGAAAAUCCAGGGCUUGAAGAAGUUUGGAAUCAAGAAAAGCAAAGAAGGAAACAGCUCAAUAUGUCUAUUUCAUCUAAAUCAUUGUCACAAGGGAGGAUAAACGAUCAAGAAACAGAUACCCAUAAUAAAUUUGAGCAAGUAAUGCAUAAUAAAAUUACAAAUUUAGUUGAUAAGCCUAUAGAAAUUAAGAAUGAAGUAAAUGCAGAAUUAAUCAAUUAUCCUGCUGAAACACCAGAAAAUUCACAGUUUCUUAAUGCUACUGAUAUAAGCCAUCAUAUAGAGGAGAGUGUUUCAAAUUUUAAGAGUAAUUCGACUUUCAGAAGAACAUCAGUAAAUUUAGAUUAUUUUGAUACUACACUAGUUGAUGAAGAUAUAGCAUUAAAUAGUAGUUUUUCCAUUAGACACAGUCAGAUAUUAUUGGACAAUGAUGAUUUAGAACUAGUGGAUAUGUUGCAAGAUCUUGAUGAGAAGCCUGUGGAAGAUGAUAGUGUUAUGGGAACACCAGCUAACGUUGAAGAGGAAUAUGAUUCUGAUAAUGCUGAAUAUUCCCAGAUCUUCCACGAUGAUACCAUACCUUUAAAUCCUUCUGAAAGCUAUAAGGAAGAUAUUGAAGGAUCCGAAUCAUGGCAUGAUUCAUUUUGGGAUGGGGCUAGUAUACCACAGUUAGACGGGACUUGCGAUGAUGAACAUGUUAAAAAAGUACGAAAAAGGAAAAUGAGAUCGUUUAAACUAGGUUUGUCGAGACCAAAACAUAAAAGAAAAGUAGAAAUAAACACAAGUAAAGAAAAGGCAGAAAUCAAAACAGAUAAUGAUGUUGAAGAAAUCAAUGUUUCUAGAGAAACAAUAGAAAAUAUUUCUACUUCACUUAUUAAAAAAAGCAUAAAAAGGGAAUCUCAAACUUCUAUGCAUGAAAAUAAUGAUAAAAAUACCAUAGUACAGUGUUCCCUUGAUGAAGAAUAUAUCGAAAAUUUAGUUUCCAAAUUUAGCGCAAAACACGCUACACACGCCGACGCAGCAACUUUAUAUGAUAUAAAAAAGCAGUUUGAACCAGUAGCAGGAUCAUCAACUGUCAAGAUUUGCAGUCCUGAGCUAAAUGAUCUAAAUUGCUCCGAUAUUACUCUUACCGAAUCUUCAUUUGAAGAAAAUAAAAGGGGAAUCGAAAGCUUUUACGAUAAAUCCAUAUUUUUCGAUUUAUCAGCCACGGAGAAUGAGUCAGGUAUAAAUAACGAUGAACAAUCUCAUCCUGAUGAAAAUGAUAUAAAAACAGAACAUAUAAGCAUAAAAAAUGAAAUCACGUCAAAACUGUAUUUAGAAGAACCGAUGAGUAGUUUGGAUAAUAUUACGCUUGUUCCUAAAAUUAGAGCUCCCACUAAAAAUUAUAUUAUAUCUACUUUAGAAAACUAUAAAAUACCUAAAAUAUUGAAUCCUACUCCUUAUUUUUCUGAUCAUAAAGAUGUCGGUGAUAAGAUUGAAAUAGGUCAAUUGGUAUUAAAACUUAAUAGUAAGCUAGCACAAGAUCAAAAGCCGUUUGAAAAAGUGUUAGACAUUACGACAUUAGAUGAAUGGCGUCAAUUGUUAUUUUUACAAACAAACGAAAUAUCUGAAGAAUCUUCGAAAGCUGACGUAUUGAAAACAUUAUUAGCAAGUAAUAGGCGAUGUAUAUUAGAACCACUUAAACGUCCUCCACUAAGCAGUAUUGUAAAACAAUGGGUAGAAGGCAAAGACAGACCAAAAACAGAAAAUAUUACACAUCAAGAAAUAAAUGUUGACGUUGAUGAAUUAGAAAAUUCGCAAGCGAUAGGCUUAAAUGAAAUAAACAGUAGCUUGAGCUUGGAAACAACUGAAAAAGAUAAAACUGACUUAAAUAACACUCUACACAUUACUAUGCAACCAGAUGGAGCGUUUCUUUGUUUUGGGAGUAGCAAUUCUAACCAAGAAAGCACACUUAGUAAUCCAACAGUAGAGACUGAUUUUCUAACUGUAAUGUUGAUAGAAGUUCUUACAUCUGUUAGGGGAGAUUUGAACCCUGAUCCCGUUAUUGAUCCAAUAGAAGCAAUUUUUAUGACAGUAAGGAACGACUGUCCCGAAAAUCACACAUUACAGCAAAGUAUUACAGAGAUAUUUGUAACUCAAGAAGCGAAAGAACCCAAAUUCUUAGACAGAUGCGUAUUUAACUCCCGUAUAAAUUAUGUCAAUAACGAGAGUGAGCUGUUAGAGAAACUUAUAGAAAGCAUUAAAAUUCACGAUCCAGACAUUUUGUGUGGAUAUGAAAUAGAGAUGAACUCUUGGGGUUAUGUCAUUGAGAGAGCGCAAGUGGUAGGUCUCGAAAUUAUUAAAGAAAUAUCUAGAAUUACGGAAAAGAAUCGACAGAAGCGUUACAGAAGCGAUGAGAAUGAAUUAGAAGGGAGAGUUAUUGGGAGAAUAACGUUUGAUGUUUGGCGUUUGCUUCGGCAUGAACUUGCAUUAUCAAGCUAUAGUUUUGAGAAUUGUAUGUACACUGUAUUGAAUGAAAGAGUACCAAAGUACAGUUAUACCCAAUUAGCCGAAUGGUGGAAUGAUGAAUCUAGGAUCUUGCGGUGGAUUCCUGUGGAAUAUUACUUGACAAAGUUAAACGGAACAGUAAGGAUGAUGAAUAAGCUUGACAUGAUUAAUCGCACCUCAGAGCUGGCUCGACUGUUUGGGUUACAAUGGUGGGAAGUUCUGUCGAGGGGAUCACAGUUCAGAGUGGAGUCGCUGAUGCUCCGCGCCGCGCGGCCUCUCAACCUUGUAGCGUUAUCACCAACUGUCAAACAACGGGCAGGGAUGCGGGCGCCGGAAUGUCUACCUCUUAUAUUUGAACCAGAAUCUCGCUUUUACAAUGAUCCAGUUAUUGUACUGGAUUUUCAAAGUCUCUAUCCGUCAAUGAUGAUAGCUUAUAAUUAUUGUUUUUCAACAUGCAUCGGCAGAGUUCAGAAUAUAAAUGGUGAUGCACCAUAUGAAUUUGGUGCAUGGCGGCUAAGAAUAUCCCAGUCUAAACUAGAAGCUUUAGUGAAAAACGGUUUCGUUCACUGGUCACCAGUGGGUGUGGGGUUCGUGAAAUCUUCAGUCCGGCGCGGAGUCCUACCGGCCUUGUUACGACGAAUACUCGCUGCCAGACAAGCUGUUAAAGCUGGCAUGAAGUUACAGACUGAUGAGAAUGUUAAGAAGGCUAUGCAUUCACGACAAUUAGGAUUAAAAUUAAUAGCUAAUGUAACAUAUGGAUACACCGCGGCCAACUUUAGUGGUCGCAUGCCGUGUGUGGAAGUUGGAGACAGUGUCGUUUCUAAAGGCAGGGAAACUCUGGAACGAGCUAUCAAACUUGUAAAUAACAGUAAAUGGAAUGCUAAGGUUGUGUAUGGUGAUACUGAUUCCAUGUUCGUGCUGGUCCCGGGCGGGACCCGCGCGGAGGCCUUCGAGAUAGGAAGGCAGAUAGCUGACGCGGUCACAGCUGAUAAUCCAUCGCCUGUUGUGUUGAAAUUGGAAAAGGUUUACCAACCUUGUAUAUUACAAACAAAGAAACGAUAUGUUGGCUAUAUGUAUGAGAGUCCAGAUCAAGAGAAACCAGUGUAUGAAGCUAAAGGAAUUGAGACCGUGCGUAGGGAUGGAUGUCCAGCUGGGGUUAAGCUCCUACAAAGGUCGCUCUGCGAAUUAUUCGACACGGGCGAUAUGUCUCGAGUGAAAAAGCUCGUUUGCGGAGUGUUGUCGAAGCUAACGGAUGGCACGCUUUCGCCGCAAGAGCUUUUCUUCACGCGCGAGUACCACGGACCGAACGGAUAUCGGCCCGGUGCGGCCGCUCCGCCGAACGAGAUCGCUAAGCGGCUGGCGGCGCGCGACCGGCGCGCGGCGCCGCGGCCCGGCGAGCGCGUGCCGUGGGCGGUGCUGGCGGGCGCGCCGCACGCGCCGCUCGUGCGCCUGGCGCGCGCGCCCGCGGAGAUACUGAAGGCGCCCGCGCCGCCGCACGUGCCCUACUACGCGACGCGAGUCUUGUUACCGCCCCUCCAGCGCUGCCUGUCGCUGCUGGGCGUCGACGUCUUCAAAUGGUGGCAGGAGGUGGGCUGGCACCGCGAGGCGCAGCUGCAGCGUGCGGGCGGCGCGGCGGGCAUCGCGCGCUAUAUGCAGCGCGGGCGCUGCGCGGUGUGCGGCGCGCGCGGCGCUCGCUCGCUGUGCGUGCGCUGCGCCGCCCGCGCGCGCCCCUCCUCCGCCGCCGUUGCCGGCAAACUGGCGCGCGCCAGCGCCCACGCCCACUCGUGUGAUCAGAUAUGCAGAUCAUGUUGUAAUCAUCACCUUCACUCAAAAUGUGAGAACACAGAGUGUCCAGUAUUGUGGCGACGGCUCGCAGCUCAACAGAAAAUAGAACAUAUACGCGAAAUUGUAACUAACUUACCGCCAACUUUUUUAAGAGAGAAUUUUGAUUUUUAACAACAGAUGUAUACAUAUAAAAGUAGAAAACUCUGUGUAUAUAUAUAUGAAA